AUGUCGGUUCAAGAUCUCGCUAUUCUGAGAAAACAACGCGGGCUUAUCAAGGCUUCUUGCACGCGUAUCAAAACUUACGUGGACUCAAUAAAUCAGCCUUCCGCAUUAGUGAUACCUCAACUCGAAGAGCGUAAAGAUAAACUAGAAAACUAUUGGACUGAGUACAACGUGGUUCAAACCAAACUAGAGCUCACUGACGAUGCCGAGGUCAAUGAUCGCAUUACAUUCGAGGAGGCAUUCUAUUCAUUGGCCGCUAGAAUCAGAGAACUAACAAUUUCCACGCCGUCGAUACGCGGGUCAAGUGCGGUUUUAACAUCGACUUCUAAUUCGUCGGGGGCUACCGAAUCGUUAUCUCACGUGCGGCUUCCAAAAUUAAGUCUUCCGAGUUUCUCGGGCAAGUAUGAUGAAUGGUUUCCCUUCCCAGAUAUGUUCAAUGCCGUUAUACACCUGAAUUCCGCGCUCAGUAACGCACAAAAAUUGCAAUACCUCAAAUCGUCGGUUAUCGGUAAAGCAAGUAACAUUAUCUGUUCGUUAGAAUUAUCUGAUGCUAAUUACGAAGUCGCAUGGUCGCGCCUCAGGGAGCGCUACGAUAAUCAACGCGUUGUCAUACAAAAUCACAUUAGAGCGAUAAUGGAAUUGCCGUCGCUAACUAAAGAAAACUAUCUCGAGUUAAGGCAGAUCUCGGAUGGAGCUGCCAAGCAUUUGCACGCGCUUCAAGUCUUGAAACGACCAUGUGACAAAUGGGACGAUAUAUUAAUUGCCAUAUUGACUUCAAAACUCGAUUCGUGUACAGCUCGCGAGUGGCAGUCCUUGGCAGGAUCCGAUCUUCCCACUCUCAAACAGUUCUUCGAUUUUCUUAAUCAUCAUUGUCAAGCUUUGGAAGCAAGUACCAAGUCAAGUAACAAUGCUGCAAAAGGGGCCGCCAAAAAUUCCCAAUCUGAUUCGAAACGUCAAUUAGCUUGUCCCGCGACAAUUAAAACAAAAUGCAACUAUUGCAAGGAAGAACACUCAAUUUAUUACUGCAAGGAUUUUCUAGCCCUUUCCGUUCCGCAAAGAAACGUCGAAGUACGCAAUCGAAAACUUUGCACCAAUUUGAGAUCUACAUCUCACAAUGCAGGCAAAUGCCCUUCAGGCAAAUGCAAGGUGUGUCAAGUUAGGCAUAACACCCUCUUGCAUUCAACGUCGGCCCACUUGGCAGCCACAGGACAGAGUAGUAACGGGUCCGAAAAUUCUAAGACUGCCAACCCCACCCAAGUUACGUCCACUCACGCCUCACAUGCUUCCGACGGUAACGACGUCUUUCUAUCAACGGCCGUCGUUUUCGCGUUCGAUUCCCGGGGCACCCCCCGACCAUGUCGCGUGCUACUAGAUUGCGGUUCGCAGGCCAAUUUCAUUUCUAAACAGUUUUUAGAGACUCUCGGCCUGAAGCCUCGGCCAUUAAAUGUUACCAUCACCGGCGUGAACGGUUCCGCGACGACAUCCACUCAAGUUGCUAGGAUACGAUUACAGUCUCGCAUAAGCUCAUACACUGCCAUAAUUGAAUGCAUCAUUUCAGACAAAAUGACCGAGAACCUUCCGGUGGUUUCAUUCAAGCGUACUGCCUUGAAGCUUCCUCGCAAUAUACCACUGGCUGACCCGAACUUUAACGUCUCCUCUGAAAUUGACAUGCUGAUAGGGGCCGAGUUGGUCUGGGAGUUGCUAUGUGUCGGACAAAUAAGCGGUUCAACCAGUCAUCCAUUGCUACAAAAGACCAGAUUAGGUUGGAUUCUGGCAGGCCGCUUCGGCAGGGCGAGCUUACUCCCGAAGGUGCAAUCUAAUCACGCGGUAGUGACGAACCGUCAGUUGCACGAGCAAGUUAAUCGUCUUUGGCAACUAGACGACAAUUUCGCGGCAUCAAGUGCUUACGUUGUGUUAUCGCCGCCCGUCUGUACGCGGAACGAUUUCCCGCGCGCGAAAGACAUCCCGACGCAAACGUUAUUUCGAGAUGUGUUCAACGGUUUCAGGAAACGGGAUCAGUGUUGCGGACAAGGCAAUACGAUAGAAGACUACUUAUUCGCGUGGAAGAUGAAGAGAGAAUCCUGGAAGCGUUUGAAGAAAACCCCAGGAACAGCAUACGUCGUGUUGCUCAUGCCCUCGGUCUCUCCCAACAUGCGGUGCACAGUACCCUACGCCGCAACGGACUGUAUCCGUAUCAUUUUCAACGGGUGCAGCAACUUCUUGCGAGAGACGAAGAGCCGCGCAUCUGCUUAG